GCGGCGCCGUAGUGAUGUGACGCAGCCGCUCAGCUGAUGGCGCGGUCGCCUCGUGAGCGUGACGCGUCGCCUGCCACGCAUCGAUACCGCGCAUGUCUGUUACGAAUAUCUGCCGGGUAAUGCCACCGUCCACCCUUUAGUUAGCAACGUGUUUGCCGGCCGAGUGUGCACGCCUCGUGUUUACUGUCCAGUCCAGAUGAUGGUGCGACGCAGCGGACGAUACACCGUCAAUUGGCGAGGUUUCAGAGAUUUGGCGUUCGGAAACAAACCGCCGGAUGAAGAAAAAGAAGAAGAAAAGCCUGAAGAAGAUCUAGCAAAUCACGAAGUAAUAUUUCUGAGGAGUAUUGUAGAAAGUCCAGAUUUUGCAAGAAAAUAUGAGUCCAUCGAUUUGGAGGAGGAGUUGGUCGUAAAACCCGUGUCGCUGGGAAAUGUAAACAUAAUACGGUCGCUCAGCGAGUACCGUGGCAACAACAUACGAACUAUUGAACAGGCCGAAUUAGCUAUUAUAGUCUCCAGGGCUCAUUUUAAGGCUUUAAUAGACGCUCAUGAUCAAAUAGGCGCGAUUUGGUUGGAGCGUGGGUCUGGUAUUGAGGAACCUGAAGUUGAGCAAACCAAAGACGUAGCAGAAGCUGUCACUCCUGAGGAGAACGGAGACAUGCCUGUGGAGACAGUCAAAGUGGUGGGCCUUAGGAAAGUACCCGGCCAGCCUUUAGGACUAACUGUAACCACUGAUGAACAUGGACAGUUAAUUGUAGCAAGGAUAUUGGCAGGCAGUGCUGCGGCCAAGCAAGCCUUAGUAUCUGUUGGAGAUGUGUUAUUAGAAGUAGAUGGAGUACACAUUGAAUCAGAAGAACAACUUAAAGAAGCUGUAUCAAAACCAAAUGACCGGGUGACAUUGAAAGUAGGACCAAACCUUAAAGAAAAAAGCACACAACUGAUAAAUAAAUUGAGUUGUUAUGUCCGAACUCUCUUUGACUACAGCCCUAAAGAUGACAGUCUAAUACCAUGUAAAGAAAUUGGAUUGGAGUUCAAGAAAGGUGACAUUUUACAAGUAUCUGACAGAAAGGAUCCAAAUUGGUGGCAAGCAAGUCAUGUAGAGAAUCCAGAUGUAGUUGGCUUAAUCCCUUCACCAGAGUUGGAAGAGAGGCGUAAGGCGUAUGUACCACCUGAAGCAGAUUUUGUCCACAAAAUAAGCAUUUGCGGCGCUCGGAUAUCGAAGAAGAAAAAGAAAUUCGUGUACGAGUCGCGUUCGUCCGUGCAGUUGGAAGGCGCGGAGCUGGCGCUGUACGAGGAGGUGGCGCGCACGCCGCCGUUCCUGCGGCGCGUGCUGGCGCUCGUGGGCACGCGCGGCGUCGGCCGCCGCACGCUCAAGAACCGCCUCAUACAGGACCAGCCCGACAGAUUCGGAGCCGUUAUACCGCACACGUCCCGCCCCCCUCGGCCCAUGGAGGAGAACGGCCAGUCGUAUUGGUUCGUGAGCCGCGAGGAGAUGGAACGCGACGCGCACGCCGGACGCUUCCUCGAGUACGGAGAGCACAACGGCAACUUGUAUGGCACUCAUUUAGAUUCCAUACGCGCUGUCAUUAAAGAAGGUAAAAUGUGUAUCCUGGAUUGUGCGCCUCAAUCACUGAAGCUACUCCACAACAGCAGCGAGUUCCUGCCGUUCGUGGUGAUGAUCGCGGCGCCCGGCAUCGAACAGUUAAAGAACCUCACGUAUGCAUCUAACCGCAACUUAAUGUUCGACAGGCAGAGCUCCAUCCGCUACAGCUCGAGACGUGCGCGUACGCUCGAGUCGCUGGCGUCUUUAUACGAGGAGGAGGAUAUGAAGCAAACACUCGAAGAAAGCGCGCGCAUCCAACGACAGUAUGAGAAAUACAUAGACCUCGCCAUCACCAACCACAACGCUGACACGACCUACUCGAAGAUCAUGGACGCGCUGCACUCGCUGUCCACCGACCACCAGUGGGUGCCGGUCAGUUGGAUCUAUUAAUAUCUGUGGAAAGGAUGGUUACAUUUUAUAUUCUGAUUCAUGUCCAAAAAAGUAGAUAAGCUGUUAUUUUACUGAAGCAAGCUGGACGCUUGUUAUCUUUACUCUAAAAAUAAUAUUGAAGAUUUAUAAUGUUUUCAACCAACGCCUGUGUCCAUUACUGGAACGCAUACAACAUUCGCCAAUGACUGUAAACUAAAAUUUUUAGAUAGGUACAUUUUGCGUCUUCCUGCACUAUGUUAGAUAAUAUUCAUAGCUUAUUCGCUACAUUUAAAUCUUAAUAUUUACCUACGCAUAGUGCCUCUGGCUUUAUGAAAUUUUGUACAUCACUUUUUACCAAAUAAAUUCCGCUUAAAAUCUUACGGAAUACGGAUUUCUCAUAAAAAAUUGUUGCGAAACAUUUUGUACCUUUAUAUUUUGUACCACAAAAAUAUAUUAAACAUCACGCAUUACCACGAAAUACACAAAAUAGUUUAAGUAGGUUUAUAGAGAUAAGUGCAAUCUUGACUUAAUCGUAUUAAUUUGAAUAAAGUGCCACAUGCAGUGUUAUUAGACAAAUAAAUCAUUCCAAUGAUUGUAAUUUCUUUUAUGUUUGCGGAAAUUGAAUGGACAUUGGAUAUAUUUGGAGUGCAUUAAACCUUCAUAUUACUGCAAUGAAUACUGAUAUUAAGCAUUAUGUUAAGAUACUUCCAAUGUAACAUCGUUUCGAAUUUAUUUAUCGAGGCGUAUGAAAAUUUCUGUUUUAUAUAAGUAAAAUAUUUUAAUGACAUUUUAUUUCCUCAUUUGGCAGCUUGGUGAUGUCCUUUUACGUUUUGAUAAUUAUUUGAAUUAUAUAUAGUAUUUCGAGUUGGAUAUCCCACCUAGUGAAAGUGAUUGCAGUGUUUAGAUAGCUUAAUAGUAAGUAUACGAACAUUAUUACCCGUGCACGCCAAUUUGAGACUAAUCCUUUUGCGAUAUUGUCAAGCGUUCUAUGUGUUCUAAACCAUUGCUUUUCAAAAUGAGGGGCGCGUUCCCCAAGGGAGGCGUGACCACGUAUAAAGGUAGUGUAGACUUUGUCAAACUAUUUCUACUCGUAUUCCUCGGGCAUACUUUUUCUGGGUGAAAGGUACCAUAGCCCCUUCUGUAUCCUGAUAAUGUAUGUAUAUGCAAAAAUUCACGACCAUCACAAAUAAACAAACUCGCAGUCAUAAUAUUAGUUACGAUACUUGUUCAGCCCUGGCUUCCUCUUCCUUGCAAGAGAAAAGAGGCGGGGGCAUUUCUAUUUUAGGUAGCAUGUUGACGUGCAAAAAAUACUUUGGGAAGUCCUAUUCUAAACGAAUUAAGCAUAAUUUUGCCAUAAGCCAAUAUAAUGAGAAAACUGCUAAAGCUGCGGAUAAAUAUGCUAAAUGAUCGGGUCACUAAGAAAUGU